GUAACCAGGAGAAACAAAGCAACUGCUAGGGGGAGGAGAGCGCGCGCAGUAUUGCUUACCCCGAGGAGGAGCUUGCCUCCAGAGUUCAGUUCACAGCAUCAGUACCGAAACUUGCGCUGUCCUUACUCUGCGUUGGUUCUUCUAGACAAAGAAAAACAUUAUCUAAGCUAUUUAUAGCUGGUAGUCUAUAGCUAAAGGCUGGUGCCAGGUUUGGGUUCUCCAAGACUGGGUAUGCGCGUUUUCUUUUGAAGGAUAUGGUCACAACCCCGGUCUCAAAGUGGAGCCACGCACAUCUCGGAUCGGCGCGCUCCUCCAGGGGCUAGGAUGCGCGCCCGGAACGUCAAGGUUCUUGCCCGGGUUUGGGUCUGAACAGGAAUCCACUGCCCCGGGGCGCCGAGGCAGGAGGACCCAGUCGACCCGUACCAGGAUGCCGGUGAUGCGAGGUCUGCUGGCUCCGCAGAACACCUUCCUGGACACCAUCGCCACCCGCUUCGAUGGCACCCACAGUAACUUUGUCCUGGGUAAUGCCCAGGUGCAAUCCCUCUACCCUAUUGUCUACUGUUCUGAUGGCUUCUGUGAGCUGACCGGCUAUGCCCGCGCCGAGCUGAUGCAGAAGAGCUGUGCAUGUCAUUUCCUGUACGGGCCGGAGACCAGCGACCAGCUGACGGCGAAGAUCCAAGGGGUGUUGGACGACAGGGGGGAGUUUAAAACCGAGCUGGUGUUCUACAAGAAAGGAGGUACCCAGUUCUGGUGUCUGCUGGACAUCGUGCCCAUUAAGAAUGAGAAGGGAGAGGUGGUGCUGUUUCUGGUGUCCCACAAGGACAUCACUGACAACAAGAAGGACCGGGACCCAGAGCAAGGCCCCGAGACUGAUGAGGAGACGGGUCUGGAGAUGCACAAGGUCACCCGUCCCCCAGGCUUCAACACCAACCGCAGACGCAGCCGGGCGGUGCUCUACCACCUGUCUGGACACCUGCAGAAACAGGACAAGAGCAAGAUCAAACUCAACAAUAACAUGUUUGGGGACAAUCCGCCCAUCCCAGAGUACAAGGUGGCAGCCAUUCAGAAAUCCCGAUUCAUCUUGCUCCACUACGGGACCUUCAAGGCUGGCUGGGAUUGGCUAAUCCUGUUGGCUACCUUCUAUGUCGCAGUCACAGUGCCCUAUAAUGUGUGUUUCACUGUGGUGGGGGGACGGGACGAAGGAAGCUCCGCCCCCCGCAGCCCCCCCAGUGUGAGUGACAUCCUGGUGGAGAUCCUGUUUAUGCUGGAUAUCGCGUUGAACUUCCGGACGACCUUUGUGAGCACAUCGGGCCAGGUGGUGUACGACGCUCGUUCCAUCUGUGUGCACUACGUCACCACCUGGCUGUUUGUUGACCUCAUCGCUGCAUUGCCCUUUGACCUGCUCUAUGCGUUUAACGUCAGUGUGUACUUUGGGGUCCACCUUCUGAAGACAGUGCGGUUGCUGCGCCUGCUGAGGCUGCUACAGAAGCUGGAGCGUUACUCCCAGUACAGUGCUGUGGUCCUCACCCUGCUCAUGUCCAUGUUCGCCCUGCUGGCCCACUGGAUGGCCUGCGUCUGGUACUUCAUCGGACGCAGAGAGAUCGAAAACAGCCCCAACUCCUGGGACAUCGGUUGGCUACACGAAUUGGGAAAGCGUCUGGGCACCCCUUAUUUUCUGGCGGGGCGAGACUCGUGGAACACCAGCCAGGUGGGUCAGGGUGGAGGGAUGCUGGGUGGGGGUCCGUCAGUGAGGAGCUCCUACGUGACGUCUCUGUACUUCGCUCUGAGCAGUCUGACCAGCGUGGGCUUCGGAAACGUCUCAGCCAACACAGACUCAGAGAAGAUCUUCUCCAUCUGCACCAUGCUCAUAGGAGCCCUGAUGCAUGCGGUGGUGUUUGGUAACGUGACUGCCAUCAUUCAGAGGAUGUACUCUCGGCGCUCCCUCUACCACACCCGUACCAAGGACCUGAAGGACUUCAUCAGGGUCCACCGCCUGCCCAAAGCCCUGGAGCAACGCAUGCUGGAGUGUUUCCAGACCACCUGGUCAGUCAACAACGGCAUCGACGUCAGUGAGCUGUUGAAGGACUUCCCAGAUGAGCUGAGGGCAGACAUCGCCAUGCACCUGAACAAAGAGCUGCUGCAGCUGCCGCUGUUUGAGUCGGCCAGUAGGGGGUGUCUGCGCUCCCUGUCCCUCAUCAUCAAGACGUCGUUCUGCGCCCCGGGGGAGUAUCUCAUCCGCCAGGGAGACGCCCUGCAGGCCAUCUACUUUGUCUGCUCUGGGUCCAUGGAGGUGCUGAAGGACAACACUGUGCUGGCUAUACUGGGUAAAGGGGACCUGAUCGGCAGUGACUCCCUGACCAAGAAGCAGGUGAUUAAAACGAACGCCAACGUGAAGGCUCUGACCUACUGUGACCUGCAGUACAUCAGUCUGAAGGGACUGAGGGAGGUUCUCCGGCUCUACCCAGAGUACGCCCAGAAGUUCAUCUCUGAGAUACAACAUGAUCUGACCUAUAACCUCAGAGAGGGUCACGGAGCUGACGUGGACUGGGAGAGUAAUGGAAGUUUGGUGAAGAAGCUGUCUUCCAUUAAGGAAGAUGAGGAGGGUGAUGAAGAGCAGAGCUCUGUGUCGCGUGCCCCUCGUUCACCUCGACGUCUGACCAGGGUUCUCAACUCGCCCCUGCGUUCGCCCCUGCUGCACCCUCGACCCUUCCGCCCUCCCUCAGAACACACCCGCCCCCCCACUCUGCAGAUACCUGUGGUCAGCUUCAGCAGUGCGCCACUGGAGCUUAGUCCAAGGUUUGUGGAUGGUAUUGAGACAGAGAGCAGUGUGAACUCCUCCCAGAAGUUUGAGUUUAGCUCCAGGCUGGUACACAGUGGUCAACCAUCCCCAGGACUAGGGAUCCUGGAGCAGUCAGAUAUCAAGCAGAGUGUUUCUAAGCUGAGUGACGAGAUGAGCACUCUCUCCCAGCAAGUCUCUCAUCUCAGCCAGGAGCUAAAGGAAAUGACCCGCCUGCUCCGGCCCCUCCUCCUUGUGGCGCCUCAGCCAAUCCUGACAGCCAUAACGCCCAGCCUGACUCCACCCCCCAGCAGUGCCAACAAACCGUCCUCCAACACACCUCUGGUGGUCCCACCUCCAGCCCCGCCCUGCUCCCCGUCGCCCCACCCCCAACAAACGCAGUCCUGCUCACUAUUGGACAUGGACAGUACUGACACGGGGAACGUGGGCUUGCCAAGUUGCCUCCUCCCAACACCCCCUCCACAGAGGCCUCCAGCCCAGACCCAGUCUCCAAUCUCCCCAGAGAGAAGUUCUAAGGACUUACCCCACUCCAACCCCCUUCCCCUGGGACAGAAGACAUGAGGGGGUCACCCCACCUCUCCAACCACACCACCUCUAGCAACAGUUUCCUUCCCUCUGCCCAGGACAGAUGUACCCUAGCCUCUGGCACCAUGUCCCCCUCCCCCUCCCUCUCUUUCUCCUUGUCCCUAUCCUCCUCCCCCUCCUGCUCUCCCUGCCAGGGUCCCCAUCACUCACGAUCUGGCAGCCACAGCAGGGGCCUGCUCCCCCCGCCCCCCUCCCAGGAGGACAACACGCCCCCGCCUUCCUCCCAUUGCUCCGCUCCUCCGUCACUCAGCUCCUCACCUGGAGACCAUAAGCUGAAGUUGGUCUUCCCCUCUUCCUACUCCACUCCCCUCAUCCCUCCCCUCCCCUCUCCUUACCCCUCGACCCUCUCCCUGGGCCCGUUCUCCCUGGACUCUCUGAGGGGGGAGACGCAGGGGGGCACCAGGCUGGAGGCAGGACACCUGGCGCUGGAGAUGCAGGAGAGGGGAGGAGAGAGGGGGGAGAGACGCUCCCAGAUGAUGGAGCACAUCAGCUACAUGGACGAGGAAGGGCCAGCUCUGUGACAGAGAGGCAGAUGACAUGCAAGAAGAAACAGCAGAGACAGAAUGAAGAGAAGAGAGGAGAGUAUGUAGCCCGCUCGUCCAGAAUGCAACAUUGAACCUGUGAGACAGACAGGCAGACAGACAGAGAUCAAAAUGACUAUAGGUGGAAACCAAUAGCAUCACUGAAAAAUACCCCACCAGGACAGUAGCAAGACACCAGUUCUAACAGUACUCUGAUCAGGCACUCUGGUCAUGUUAAAACAACACAUCCUCCUCAUCUAUGGACUUCAUGAUGUCAUAAGUGAAAUGUGCAUCCCUAAUCCUCUUCUGGCCAAAUGUUCCCAACCAACCACCCCUUCAUGACAUCACAGACAGUACAUAGGACUGAGAAUGUAAACUCUAGUUCAACCUCUGUUAUGUGGUUUCAAAAUUAUACUAACAUCUAUUGCUUGAAUAUCAACCACGGCUGACUUCAAAUGAGGAGUUCAUUUAACUUCAACUUAAUGUUUCUUCAGAGUUUCUCUGCUACUUGUUAUAUGGGGGUGAUUUGUUACAUACAUCUCCACAAAGAACACACACACUUGCACUGUGGUCUUACAUUAUGUGACAUCCUAUAAGUCUCAAUCCAGCCUACACACACAAUCAGUUCUGUCCCUCCAACAAGUGGCCAUAUUCAACACAAGACAAUCAGUGAGCUUACAAAACACAUGGAACCAACCAAAACAUGAAGACAACACCGCAGUAGGUCUGGAGGUAGAAGGGAGGGAGCCGGUGUGCCACAGAGGCCAGGUUUAGGUUUAAGAAGCCAUGCAUACGGGUGGGUGAGUGGAAUAUACAGUAGGUCUAUGAGUGACAACCAGACUGUACAGUGAAUGAGUUCCCACAUCAAGUCCAGCUUUAGGCAUCCAGCCAUUCGUGCCUUCUCCUUGGAACACACACACUGCUAGUCGUAUACAUCAUAUUGUCCACACCUGGUGAUUAUGUUGUGAUUUACCGUUGACCAUUAAGCCAUUGACCAUUACGAACGCCUCACUUUUAUUUUGAAAGUAAUUUAUUUUAUGUAGAAUGUGUGUUAAAAUCUCCUGUUGGAUUCGGGUGUUCUGGCCUUUUUUCGUCCAUCGCUAGUUCAACCAGAGACAUCUCAGCGUCAUAUCAAAGCCCACACGCACCAACACAAGCACACCAGUGGAGGCUGCUGAGGGGAGGAUGGCUAAUAAUGGCUGGAAUGGCAUAAAUGGAAUAAAACACAUUUUAUAUCGUUCCAUUCACUCCAUUCCAUCCAUUAAACUCAAUUCAAACCAUUAUUAUGAGCCGUCCUCGCCUCAGCUGCCUCCACUGAAGCACGCACGGACACACACAUGUGCGCACGCACACACAUGCACGCACGCGCACACACACACACGCACACCUGCCAUGUCCGCAGCAUCAGCUGCAUCCCAUGUUUAAGUGUCAACCUCUGGAUGACACAGGUUUAUCCUACAAAGACACAAUGCUCAGACAUUGCUGAAGUGGUCAGAGGACUAACUGUAUUAGCAUUGUCUGGUGCUCGGUGUACUAGGUGCACUAGAGUUGUUUUGGGGGGCACAGUCAGAUUGAGAUACUGGUUUCUAUUUUCUGUAAUGGGCUGAGGAUGAGGCUGAGGAUGAGUCUGGGGAUGAGGCUGGAGAUGAGGCUGAGGAUGAGGCUGGGGAUGAGACUGAGGCUGAGACUGAGGAUGAGACUCAGGAUGAGGCUGGGGAUGAGACUGAGGCUGAGGAUGAGAAUGAGGAUGAGACUGAGACUGAGGCUGAGGCUGAGGAUGCGUGGAGAUGUGUUGGAGGAGUGGCACACAAAGGGUGCAGGUCAGGGGUCAAGAUGUGAAUGCUUGUCACAGCUAACUGCAUGAGGAAUGUGCUUGUUUCAGAACGAGGGGAGAGGGGGUUGGGUUUACUGUGCUGCCAGAGGUUUGGACAGGCUUAAGAUGUAUUUUAUUAACUCUUACCAACUUUACCAGAAACACGAUACAACAAUAAAAAAAGUGUUGUUUUAUAAGAUCCGACUCUUUGAUGUGAUGUUCAGUGGUUUCACAUCCCAGUUCCAAGUUGAUUUAAUCAACCAGGGGUAAUACCCUUGUAACCAGUGAACCUCCAACUGAUGCACACGUUCAGUUGUCACACCCGGGACUCGUUUUUCACCUGCCCCACAUUGAUAAACAACUUUGCUGUACCUCCACCUUGUCAGAGGACAAAAAAAGACAGUACUCACUGACCAAGUCCAUCUUUCAGGUCUGCAUAUAUUUCAAAAUGGUAAGAUUCAUUCUAUCAGAGCUUCAGUAAGGUUUGAAAUGUCAGGGAGAGGAAAAGUUUAGACGAUUCUGAGGGGGGAGAACAAACCAAACGGCUAAAAGUAAAGAACAUUUAACAUUUUAUCCUGUUAUGGAUCCAUCUUAGAGCCUCCUGACAGACUAGAGAGUGUCAGAGUCACCCACUGACACUAUAGUGACCCUCUACGGACCGGUUCAGAAUCACCCACUGACACUAUAGUGACCCUCUACAGGCCGGUUCAGAAUCACCCACUGACACUAUAGUGACCCUCUACAGGCCGGUUCAGAGUCACCCACUGACACUAUAGUGAACCUCUACGGGCCGGUUCAGAGUCACCCACUGACACUAUAGUGAACCUCUACGGGCCGGUUCAGAGUCACCCACUGACACUAUAGUGACCCUCUACAGGCCGGUUCAGAGUCACCCACUGACACUAUAGUGACCCUCUACAGGCCGGUUCAGAGUCACCCACUGACACUAUAGUGACCCUCUACAGGCCGGUUCAGAGUCACCCACUGACACUAUAGUGACCCUCUACGGGCCGGUUCAGAGUCACCCACUGACACUAUAGUGACCCUCUACGGGCCAGUUCAGAGUCACUGACACUAUAGUGACCCUCUACGGGCCGGUUCAGAGUCACCCACUGACACUAUAGUGACCCUCUACGGGCCGGUUCAGAGUCACCCACUGACACUAUAGUGACCCUCUACAGGCCGGUUCAGAGUCACCCACUGACACUAUAGUGACCCUCUACA